AUGGUAAAGGUCGACGGCCAAGAGAGGUUCUCCAAGCUGGUAGAGUUCCUGCGCAAGAAGCUGGGCAAGGACCAAGUGUUCCUGUACCUAAAGGAGGCAUUCUCUCCUUCUCUGGAGGAGCGCAUCUCCGUCCUGUACGAAGCUUUCGGUGUGGACGGCCGCCUCGUGGUGAAUUACGCCUGCAUCCCGGCCUGGGGUUAG